GCCGGCGCCGCGGCCGCUUCGGGCUCAGGCUUUGGACUCGAGAGCAGCAUCCUCACUGCAGCCGCUUAAAGCUGCUGCACCUGGUCAGGUGAUACCAUUAUCGUUUUCUUCUUUCUUCAUCAUCAUCAUCAUCAUCACCAACAUCAUCAUACGGACAGCCACCAUCAUUUCUCUUCUAUCAGAGCGCUUCAAGUUUUGCAAAGGCAGAUUCUGUUCAGGCAUGCCGUCUCAUUGCUGGAGAUGACUGUCAGCUGCUUGCCCUGCAGAGCCACCAUCACAUGCCUCACCACCACCACCACCACCGCCGGAGCCCAGGAAGCCUGACUACAGAGCAGCGUCUCUCAGAGGCAUGAAUAAUUAGGUAGGCAUAAUGGAAGGCACUCACUGCACCCUCCAAUUGCAGGCGCCCAUUACCGAACUUUGCUACAUCAGCUUCUAUCUUCCGAAGGGAGAAGUCCGAGGAUUUUCAUACAAGGGCACUGUAACUCUAGACAAAUCCAAUAAAGGGUUUCAUAGCUGCUACCAAGUCAGGGAGGGGUCGGACAUCAUCAGCCUCAACUUGCAGCCCACAGAGCACCCGGGCGACAUCUUUUUCAAGCCGACUCCCACCAAAGACAUUCUCACCGAGCUGUACAAACUCACAGCAGCGCGGGAGCGGCUGCUGGCCAGUCUGCUGAGCUCAGACCACAUCCUGAGCAUCACGAUGGGGAACCAGGAGGGGAAGCUGCCCGAGCUGUCGGUGAGCCUGGCCCCGGAAGACGACGCUUUCUCCAGUGCUGGAGACUGGCAGGGCGAGCCCCCCGUGGGCUGUCUCAACAAGAGGAGGGCCCAUGGCAACAAAAAGCUCCGGAGGUUUGGUGGAAGGAGAGAGAACCCGGAGGAGCAGCCGCAGCAGCAGAGGACAAGAAGAAAAGGACGUGAGAGACAGGACUCAGCAUCGCAGCUGGCGAAGGAGCAGAUUUGCUUCGGCAACUCCCUGCCCCUUUCCUCGGCAGGGCCGGAUCUGAGGCUUCUGGAGGAGAGAAACAACUUGCUCCCCGAUGAGGUGCUUAUCUCUUCCCCACUGAGGAGAGAGAGCUGUCCCCCAGACACAGACAAGAUGCUGGACUUCACCCCUGGCCGUGGGGGCUUCAGGAUGGCUUCUGAGGAAGUGGGUCUUAGACUAGAGCCGCCUUUGGACUGCAGCGAGGUGGACCCCAGAGAGGGUGGUGCCGGAGAACCGCAGAGAGCACCUCCCCGGGAGGCCGGUUUAUCCACAAGGCACAAGGACCCUUCGAAGCAGCCUCCCGAGGCAGAGAAGGGCCGGAGAGAGAAAUGCACCCAGCGAACUUGCAGGAAGAAGCCUGUCUCCAAAGUGGUGGCCAAAGUUCAGAAUCUGCCCACUCAGGUGCAAAGAGUCGUUAAAGCGCAUUCUGAGGGAGACGGGGGCAUUGCCUUUCGCCAGGCAGCCCAAGCUGAGUUUAUCCCCAGAGCAGACUUUCUCACCCUCCCAGACGCAGAGGCUGGCACUCAGCAUUCUGCGCCCAGGAGCACGGAGCAGCAAGGGGAUGAGUCAUUGCUGCCAGCGGCCAGGGAACAGACCCUGGUCAGCGCUGAAGCAGCUGUGAACAAGGUGCUCCGGAAAGUGAUAGACAGUGAGAAGUUAGAUGAAGCCACCGAGGGCAAAAGGCUGGGCUUCCCUGUCAAAAGCCUCACGCUCCCGGACCCCAGAAGCAAAAGGAUAGCAGGGCUGCCUCAGGGAGCCGGCACAACCUUGCUUUUGGAUCGACCCGGCAGUCAAGGCCCCCACUUAUCACAGCCAGAAGGUGAUGAGGAGCGGCAGUCAUCAUCCUCCCCAGCUCUGGCAGCGCUCAGCGUGGCAUUUAAUAAUUCAUCCUCCCAGUUCGGAGCACACAAACGCAUGCCACCUGUUCCCUUGCCUCUCCCCGCAGCACUCCUCGGUCCCCCAGAGCAUCGCAGGAGCCUCCAGCUCCCACCUCUGCCUGGCGAGGGCGAAGCCGCUCCCGAUGACUUUGCUGGUGGAAAGAGCAGUGCUGUGUUCGGGACCCCGUCAGCCGACGCCUUGGAGCCACCAUCCUCCGCGAGGGUCACGGAGACCGAAGGGGCCAGCUCAGCCUCCCUCCGAGCAGGCCAACCUCAGCCGGUGCCUGGGGAACCCUUGGACCAGAGUCUGGGGCCUGGGAAGACCACAGCUCGGCCCCAGCACCAGUCACCUCCAGGCAUUUCUUCUGAGGGAUUUCCCCGGGAGUACUUCAGCGAGCAGGCAGUGACCAAAGACCUCUCCAACAGGGAUGGAAGUGCCUGGGUUCUGGGCUACAGAGCAGGGGCAGCUUAUCCGUUUCUGCUCCAGGAGGAGAGAGAGAAACCAAACAGAAGUGAACUGUACUUGGAUCUCCAUCAGUUCGACCACAGCCCCACUGAGCAGGAUGACAGGACUCCUGGCAGACUCCAAGCUGUCUGGCCACCCCCAAAGACAAAAGACACAGAAGAAAAAGUGGGAUUGAAGUACACAGAAGCAGAAUAUCAAGCUGCUAUUUUACACUUGAAGAGGAAACACAAAGAAGAAAUUGAAAGCCUGCAGGCUCAGUUUGAACUUCAGACCUUUCAUAUCCGGGGGGAGCAUGCAGUGAUAACAGAAAGACUAGAAGAAAAAAUUGAAAAUCUCAAAUAUGAGAUAGAACAUCGAUGGCGAGGAGGGUGUGAAGAGAUGCGAGACGCAUGCAUCUCCACCGUUGAUGAUUGCUCUCCUAAGGUCUACAGAAAUGUGUGCAUCCAGACAGACAGAGAGACUUUCCUCAAACCCUGUGACAGUGAAAGCAAGACAACUAGAAGUAAUCAGAUAAUACCCAAGAAGCUGAAUAUCUCUUCUUUAAGCCAGCUCUCUCCCCCCAGUGAUAACCAAGACACCCACGUACCACUUCCUGCUGCGGAAGGCAUCUCCUCAAGUCAGCAGAAAGCCUCAUCUCCCCCUCCUGCACCACCUCUCCCAGCAACAAUUCCUCCGCCACCUCCUCCCCUUCCUGGACUGGAACCUGUGCCACCGGCACCUCCACCACCACCCAUGUGUACUGUACCACCACCGCCUCCACCACCACCAUUGCCUCUAAGUAAUGGGCCUCUGCCCCCUCCGCCCCCUCCACCGCUUCCCAGUUCUUCUGCUCUGCCCAGCAAUGGGGGACCGCCUCCUGCUCCAGCACCUCCAGGACUUGUGCCCCCACCCCCUCCAGGACUCUUCUUUGGAGCUGGCUCUUCUUCUAGCCAGGGUCCUCGGAAGCCGGCCAUUGAGCCCAGUUGUCCCAUGAAGCCUUUGUAUUGGACUCGAAUACAAAUAAGUGAUAAGAGCCAAAAUACUGAACCAACCUUAUGGGAUUCCUUAGAAGAACCUGAUAUCCGGGAUACCAGUGAAUUUGAAUAUUUAUUCUCCAAAGAUACAACUCAGCAGAAGAAAAAACCUCUAUCAGAGUCCUAUGAGAAAAAAAACAAGGUCAAAAAGAUCAUCAAGUUACUGGAUGGAAAAAGAUCGCAAACUGUGGGCAUCUUGAUAUCCAGUUUACAUUUAGAAAUGAAGGAUAUCCAGCAAGCCAUUUUCAAUGUGGAUGACUCUGUGGUUGAUCUGGAGACCUUGACAGCCUUAUAUGAAAAUAGAGCCCAAGAGGAUGAACUGGUUAAAAUAAGAAAAUAUUACGAGACAUCCAAAGAAGAAGAAUUGAAGCUGUUGGAUAAACCUGAGCAAUUUUUGCAUGAGUUGGCCCAGAUCCCUAAUUUUGCAGAGCGUGCCCAGUGCAUAAUCUUCAGAUCUGUCUUUUCAGAGGGAAUGACCUCCUUGCACCGAAAAGUAGAGAUCAUCACUCGAGCAUCUAAGGGUUUGUUGCACAUGAAGAGUGUGAAGGAUAUUUUAGCUCUCAUUCUGGCUUUUGGAAAUUACAUGAAUGGAGGAAAUAGGACUCGGGGACAAGCAGAUGGAUAUAGCUUAGAAAUUCUGCCCAAGCUCAAGGACGUCAAAAGCCGGGACAAUGGGAUUAAUCUGGUGGACUAUGUUGUGAAAUAUUACCUGCGCUACUAUGAUCAGGAAGCAGGGACAGAGAAAAGCAUUUUCCCCCUGCCUGAACCACAGGAUUUCUUUCUGGCCUCCCAAGUCAAAUUUGAAGAUCUCACAAAAGAUUUGCACAAACUGAAGAGGCAACUAGAAGCAAGUGAGAAACAGAUGGUAGUGGUGUGCAAAGGGUCACCGAAGGAGUACCUCCAGCCUUUCAAGGACAAGCUGGAGGAGUUCUUUCAGAAAGCCAAAAAUGAACAUAAAAUGGAAGUGAGUCACUUGGAGAAUGCGCAGAGAAGUUUUGAAACAACAGUCAAGUACUUUGGGAUGAAACCGAAGUCUGGAGAGAAAGAUAUCACCCCCAAUUAUGUGUUUAUGGUGUGGUAUGAGUUCUGCAGUGACUUCAAGACAAUUUGGAAACGGGAGAGUAAAAACAUAUCUAAAGAAAGACUGAAGACGGCUCAGGAAUCAGUCAGCAAGUUGACUUCAGAGAAGAAAGUGGAAACCAAGAAAAUCAAUCCCACGGCUAGUCUGAAAGAAAGACUGCGUCAAAAGGAAGCCAGUGUGACUACCAACUAAAACAGAGACUGAAAAUGAUGACAGCAGAGCUAGCACCUUGCAUGAUCCUAUGCAACGCCAAUGCUGCAGGAAGUUCUUGAUGUUUGUUCUGCUCACCUCUCUCUGAAGUUAUCUGCACUGAGCACCCCUUGCCCUCCUCACAUGUCCUUCAUAAAGCCACACAAGGAUGGGAAACUAAGGGAGCUGGUGUUAUUAGACAGUUGUUUCUUACGAUCCAAAGUACAAUCCAAAGACCAAAAGAAUUACCAAGAGUUCCAAUUUUUCUUUAAGUGGAGAUUUCAGGUUUUCUAACACAGACUUGAGAGACAUGAAAACUUAAGACAGACAAAAAGGAGAACCAUCUGUGACAGUUUUCUGAGUAGAAUUUUCACCUUGAUUUUUACACACUGCUGUUAUGCUUAUUGGUUUUAAUUUUGAUCCUAAGGUCACAAGAUUCUGUACCUGAACGUGUUGAAACUUACUGUGUCUAUUUUUUAAAGGAUAAUUCAGACUAUUUUCUAGACUAAAUAAAUGGUUAUUUAGUUGUUGUUUUUCACAUGGAAAGGAGAGAACAUGUAAUUAUGCCUUUGUGUCAAUGCGGUUAAUAGCCAUAAACUUCAUCCUGGAAAGUGAGUUCUGAUCAAGGGAGUUGGUGUCAGCCAGAAUGAGAAACCACUGGGCCACUCGGGGGGUGGGGGGUGAAGUAUAUCAGUUUACUGUGAUUUCCUGACCUACAGAGAUUCUGCAUCCCAGUUUCUACAACAAAUAGUGACACAUAAGCAAGGCUUGCUUGAGAUCAGAGCACCUUCCAUCAGGGAAUAGGAAAUGCCAUGAUUGCAGAAAGCUGAGCUAUUGUCAGUAGUGUUCCAGCCGUGUGGGGCUGGGCCACUCCAACCACUUGGUCGAGGGGACAGUAUCCAAACAAGAGAGCAAAUGCUAUGGCAAACUUCCAUCAUGGCAUGUGACAUUGGGUUAAGAAGGGGCCUUUAUGUCAAAAAAUAAAGAAAUACAGUGGCUGGAGAGAUAGCACAGCGGGUAGGGCGUUUGCCUUGCACGCGGCCGACCCGGGUUCAAAUCCCAGCAUCCCAUAUGGUCCCCUGAGCACGGCCAGGGGUAAUUCCUGAGUGCAGAGCCAGGAGUAACCCCUGUGCAUCGCCGGGUGUGACCCAAAAAAAAUAAAGAAAUAAAAAAAAAUAAAGAAAUACAUAAAAGCAGAAAAAUUCCUUUACAUCAAAAUAAGAAAAAAGCAAUUAGUAUUAAACUAAUUAAGCUAAUUAAAAUGAGUGGGAUGGCAUGGAUAGGCAUCUUUUUCUGAACUUGGGAGCCAAUUUGACCACUGCUUCUUGAGUCACAACGAAGACCCAUGCCUGACCUCUUUGCUGAUAUUUUUUAUUCUUAAGGUACUAUUCUUUGAAUCGUCCUUGUGUGGGAAAAAGAGGUGACGAGAGGUAAAUUGAGAAUAGGAUCAAGGCUACCACAUUUCAGCCUUGAAGAGAUCCAAGCAUUCCCCUAUACUUGGUGGAGGAUGAUCUAGAGAUAAGCAAGGUCUUUAAAACCCUUCUUGAUCAGCUGCUUUGUGUGGUCUGUCCCUUGUCCCAGCAUUUUUCCAGAAAGAUUUCAUUUUUGUCCUGGAAACUUUUAACUUACCAGGUAUUCAAGUGACUACCCAGGACAUGCCUGUUAGUUAUAAGUCCCCUCAGGGAGCCUAAUAAUAGAUUCAACUAAUUAAUGCAAUACCAUAUCCUAAUAUAAUUCGCAUCUCUGGAAUCAAUAGGUCCGAGUCAGGAUCAAAUCAAGUAUCAGAAGCCAUAUUCAUUCUGGUGCUAGCCAUCCCCCCCAACCCCCCCCACCCAUCCCUUUGCCUUCUAACAUUUCAAAUGAGUGAAAUAUGACAACAUGGUUGACUUUUUUUUUAACUAAAAGAUAAGAGCCAGACAUAAAUGAUGGUAAGAAGCUUACAUGACCAAAAGAUGUUGCUUAUGAGUUAGAAAUCUUCUAUACUUCUUCUUAUAAGGCUUUUCUUCCUUUUCACUGAACUGAAAACCAAGGGAAUUUCCAUCAAUUUCAAACAAAUUCCUCUUACCACCACCCGGUUCUCUACAUAAUUAUUUCUAGUAUUAGCACGGUGAAGCAAAGUGCCUGACUUGUUCAUACCUGGGUCAUCAAACUUAAAUUCAGUGUGUCCAGCACUUAUUUAGAUCUUUGCAGCUGCUUUGAGACUUGAUGAGCUUGAAGGCUUGAAGGCACUCAGUCAUCAUAACCCACUCAGGUCCCUAAGUCUGAUGUUAACACAAAGAUCACAGAAGGUAAGCAGGACUAUUACUUGGAUCACAUAACCCUGCAUGCUCUCAGGGAACCAGUGCUAAAGAAGGUUGAAUAGAAACUCAAAUUUGAGAGUUAGAUGUAAGAAGCCCAAGUUGAGCUUCAUCAUAGAAAAUAAGGUCAAAUUAUCAGUAUGAUCCAUAUUUCAAAACAGCAAAAUUGACCUCUGUUGGGAAAACCAAAGCCUAGUCAACUGUAGUAUAACAUAGUCUCCAUUAUUCUUGCCUACUGUGAACCCUGCACUGUGUGUUCUAGAUGUUUCUUCCUAAAUUCACAGAUGAACUACAUUGUUGACACAGUCCUCAUGUACUGUGAUGCUCAGUAAAGGUUCCCAAGAGUUUAGUCUAGUGCACCCAUUUGAAACAAUCUGUAGGCCCCUAAAAUGAUCCUUCUUAAGUGAAAUUGGAAUUAUAUUCAGGGCACUAGGCAUCUUUGAACUUUUCAUGCAGAGGAAGCAGUUGAGGAAUUUAAAUCAAGUUAUGGCCAUUCCUGAGAAGAGUAGCCAAAUCUGAGUUGAACCACACCCUCACAGUCCUGACCUUACCAGUCAGAUAUUGAGAAACCUUAACUUCUAAAUGGCAUUGCCUCAUCCUACCCAAGAAUCACUACAUCUAAGCAAAGGCAGUAGUUCAGCUUUUUGCAUGAGUCACAGCAAUCACAAAGCACACUAAAGCAUGAUAUAAACAUGUUAGUUACAAAACAUCAGGCCUGCAGGGAUUUAAAAUCAGAUUGAGAAGAGGUACACUCUUAUGUUUUUUGUUUUUUUAAUCCAAGAAAGGCCAGUGAGAGAGAUGAGGGGGAGGGCAGGGCUAUGUGGUAGCCAAGCAGAAAUAGAUGAAUUUGAUUAUCAUGGUGGUUCAGGGGUCACAAAUGAUGAACCUACCAACCAAUAGGUUUCUUUCCAAUCCAUGAAUGGACAUCUAUAAUGCCUCUUUGAAAUGUCUACUAGAUUUGAGUUUUAUUUUACUUUGGUCUUACCUAUUCUAAUCAGGAAAAAAGAAAGUAGCCAAAAAAUGGAAGGGAAAAAAAAAACCGUCAGCAGGUUGGUAGGUCACAAAUUAAUUUAUCAGUUCUAGAACAAACCCCCCUUGCCCCCUCAAAAAAAAAAAAAACUUCCAAUGAAAUCCAUUGAUUGCUGUACACGUCCUAAGCAUAAGAAUGUGUUCGGCUGGAGAUAGAGUGGAGGUAAGGCACUUACCUCACACAUAGCCCAUUGAGGUUCAAUCCCUGUCACCAUAUAUAGCCUCCCAAAUCCCACUGGGAGUGAUCCCUGAGCACUAGUAAGUGUGGCCAGAGAAAACAAACAAAAAGUAAAAUAAAGAAUGUGAACAGCUGCAAGGGCUAAUGAGUGUAGACAAAGUAAGAAAUGUCUAUUGUUUGUUUUAGACUUCAGCCCCAAACCUGGCAAGUUUUCAAGUGUAGAUUCUAACGAGUCAAGGAUUACUCAAAACAAUUGAUUUUUUUUUAACUAGCACGAGGGUAUAUACAGUGAGAAAAUAUGCUUGGCUAUUAAAAUUUCUUUAUUCUGGGUUGUCUUUCAAGGGUUGUAUUUAAACAAGUGGAAUAUCCAGAAGACCAUGAAUACAUUUUUUUAAUUGUCUUAUAAUUUAAGAUCAGGGCAAUGGAAAAGAGGGGGUUGAAUUAAAAGAUGAAUUUGAUUCACCUCAGCUAUUUUGUCAUUCAUCAUAAGGAAAUCUGCAACAUAAGAGAAUCAAGUUAUGGCAAAACUAAUAUAUGAAACUAGUAUUUGAGAAGAAUGGAUAGCUUUUAGCCUUUCCAACAUGCAAAUAGCUUGUUGGAUAUUUUUCCAUUUUCCAGAUUUAGAAACAGUUCAGCUACUUGGAAAUUUCUCUAUUAUUGGUGCAGAAAUUGCUAGAAGAAAAGCACCAUCUGAAGCAAGCUUUAGCAUAGCUGGCUCCUUUGGACUCAUACAGUAGUAUUUAUAACUCCACUAGAAACUGAAUACAGGCAUGAGUAGUCUUGGUUCCACAGCUGUGUGCCACUGAGAGACCCACUUUGUGUCAUGCCAACAGUCGGUGACUUUUGGUUAGAAGUACUGAAAGUUUCACAAUUCCUCCUCUUCCCUUCUAAGAAGUGGGCAGUCUACCAGACUGUCCCAGAUCAGUGCUUUGCUAGGCACAUAUGAGAGAGAGAGAGACAGAGGGAGAGAGAGAGAGUCUCAACAAGUCAAACUUGAAGACAACUCGGUAGCAUUGUUUACUUGAAAAUGUUAAGAUAUGAAAACGGGAGCUGUUAAGUCCCCAGGCAGUUCAACCAAAGAAGUCAUUAGGGAAGCCAUUGAGCCUUCCUCUUCCUUCAUACAGAGCAUGAAGACAU